AUGUCUAAACCCGACGAUGCAGUCGUCUUCUCAGCGAGCCUGGUGUAUUCGGCCCUUCUAGCGGUGGGAGGGGUAGUCGGUUACGUACAGGCAGCCUCCAAGGGCUCCAUCAUUGCCGGAACCAUCAGUGCGUCACUAGUAUGCGGCCUCGCGCUAUCGACUAGGGCCUUGCCGCAGUACCUGCAGACCUCCAAGUUUAUGCCCGGUGGUCUAAUGGCAAUACUCGGCGUUGUGGUCAUCGCUAUCAUCAUCGUGGCCGCUCCUAGCAGUACUGGUGAAGCCAAGAGAAACGAUAAGAAGAAGAAUUGCGUUUCAUAUGUUAUCUACUCGGAGUUCUGGUUUAAUAUAGUUAUGAAGACUGGUGGGGUGAAUGCAGCGUUAUUCGUUGGUGAUAUGAGUGCCGUCGCAUUCGCGUUUGACGAGGCUUUCUUCUACGCCCUACUACUCAUCGUUGGCGGGGCCAUCGGUUUCGUCCAAGCCAAGAGCAAGCCAUCUCUGAUCGCCGGUACCCUCUCUGGUGUGUUGGUGUUUGCUGCAGCGGAACUUGGCUCUUCCUAUGAUAAUCUAACAGGCCUAUUCUGCCUGGCUGCCAUCGCCCUGAUACUCACUGUAUUUUUCUAUUCAAGGUACGUGAAAACCCGCAAGUUCAUGCCUGCUGGCCUCAUGUGCGUCAUUAGUGCAUUGAGUUUUUGUGUAUACUUCUAUGCCGUAGUCGUAUGA